AUGUUGAAAAAGGAAAACCAAAUUUAUGACAAACUUGAAGUUCCACCUUCUUCUGCUCAAUUUAUUAAAGUAAAAGAUUACAAAACAAAUGACUCAAGCUCAAACUCACUAGAUUUUACUUUAGCACCAACAGCUUGCAACUCUCCCUUAAAUAAAUCAAAUCUAUCGCAAAAUCAUCUGAAUCUCCCAUUUGAAAUGCAAGCAAGCUAUGAUGGGAAUUCUAGCACCGCCCGAAAUUCAACAAAUACCCCUCUUAUUACAACUUCCAGGCAAGGUAUUUCAACUCGACCAUCUUUGUCUUUUCUUUCAUCUGAUUUAAGUGUAAGAAUCAGCGAAAAGCUGAGAAAGCUAACUCCCCCUUCGGUGAGCGAACAAAACCAUUGAAAAAAUCCCUAGUUUUUGCUCAAAAAUCCGCCUCCGUGAUCGAACAAAAAUUUUUUAUGAAAAAAAUUUCUGUUUAAUUUUAAACAGUUUUAAUUUUAUAAUUUUUUUUUUUUUAAAUUUUAAAAGCAACCCCUCCUCGAGCGAACAAAAUUUUUUUGUUUGCUCGUGGAGGGGAAGUAAGGGAAGAAUUUGAAAAUUUUGAUAUCAGCUUUAAUAAACCUGAUAAUGCUAUUGAUAUUAGAAUUCCUGAAGAGUUUCCGGAGUCUUUAAGUAAGCUCCCAAUUCAAGCUAUCCCUAUGGAUUAUAAUGAUCCAUAUGAAAUUGAUCUGCAGUCAAGUGUCCCGCAAUUAAAAUGAUGUGCUUAUUGCCAAGCAGAAAGAACAAGCGAAAUUGAGUAUGUGAAUACCUCAAAAACUUUUUGGUCAAGCGUAGCCGUUUUUCUCGCAGGAGGGGUAUUCGGGUGUUUUAUGGUGCCUUAUAUGAUGAAUUCGUGCAAGGGUAGGAAAUUGAGGUGUAAUAAAUGCAAGCAUAAUUUUUAA